AUGGAUGCUGUAAUAUCCAACUUUUCGGAACCUCAUGUUGAGCUGCUUCAAGCAUGGCCUUCCAAUCCCUCCCAACCUUCGACCUCCCUUCUUGGGACACUAUCCCAAUGGCCGACCUGGCAAUAUGUUGUGUCAUUUUUGGUUGCUGUGAUGCUAUAUGACCAAAUCAUGUACAUCAAGCGCAAGGGCUCCAUUGCUGGACCGCCACUCAAAAUCCCACUAAUGGGACCAUUUCUUCAAGCACUGGACCCUAAAUUUGAUGGUUACCUGGCACAAUGGGCAAGCGGGCCUCUCAGCUGCGUGUCUGUCUUUCACAAGUACGUGUUAACUGUUUCAUCACAUCACAUAAGAUCCUCAUACGAAGCCCAGUUCACUCACAAUGCAUACCACAGGUUCGUUGUCCUUGCAUCGGACCGAGAUAUUGCCCACAAAGUAUUCAAGUCACCAUCAUACGCCGAGCCAUGUAUAGUGCCAAUUGCCAAAGAUAUCUUGGGUCAUAAAGCAUGGGUCUUUCUGCAGGGCCGAGACCACGCAGAGUAUCGCAGAGGCCUGACUCCACUGUUCACAAAUAGAGCUAUGGCCACUUACCUCCCAGUCCAGGAGAAGGUGCUGGCGGACUACUUCGAUAAAUUCACCGCCGCGAGCGCAGGAAAUCAGGGCAAGCCAAUGGAGUUCAUGGCCAUGUUCCGUGAGAUCAACUGUGCCCUUUCCUGUCGCACAUUCUUUGGUGAUUACAUAUCACAGGCUGCGGUGAAAAAGAUCGCCGAUGACUUUUAUCUAGCCACGGCUGCCCUUGAGUUGGUCAACGUGCCCCUGUCAAUGUAUGUUCCCUUCACCAAGCCCUGGCGGGGAAAGAGAACGGCAGAUGUUGUCCAUGUCGAGUUUGCGAAGUGUGCAGCUGCAUGCAAGGCAAACAUGGCGACCGGUGCAGAGCCGAAGUGUAUCGUCGAUCACUGGGUGCUCCACAUGAUUGAAUCUCAAAAGUACCGCGAGAAGGUUGCAGCAGGAGAAACAGAUGCGGAAAAGCCAACGAACAUGAUCCGCGAGUUCACCAAUGAGGAGAUUGGAGAGACACUAUUCACCUUUCUAUUCGCAUCGCAGGAUGCGUCAAGCAGUGCAACAACCUGGCUAUUCCAAAUCCUCGCCCAACGACCAGAUGUCCUCGAUAAGUUGCGACAGGAAAACCUCGCAGCCCGGGGUGGGGAUAAAAACAAGAGCUUUGAUCUCCCCAUGCUAGAAUCCCUCACCUAUACCAACGCUGUUAUCAAAGAGCUCCUGCGGCACCGCCCACCCGUCAUUAUGGUGCCGUAUCUGGCAACCAAGAAUUUCCCAGUGACUCCAAAUUACACUGUUCCCAAGGGAGCAAUGAUCAUUCCAUCUUGCUACCCGGCUUUGCAUGACCCAAACGUUUAUCCUAACCCCGACACCUUCGACCCUGAUCGGUGGAUCUCAGGCGACGCGGAGUCCAAAACGAAGAAUUGGCUUGUCUUCGGUGCAGGUCCACACGACUGCCUCGCAAGAAGAUAUGUACCGCUUUCUAUGGCAGGUAUGAUCGGAAAAGCAGCACUGGAGCUUGAUUGGAAGCACCAUGCUACCGAGAAGUCAGAGGAGAUUAGGGUGUUUGCCACGCUGUUUCCAAUGGUCAGUCAUUCCUAG